UGGUCUGAGCAAGAGCAAGAAAGCGAAGAUAUAUAUAUAUAGAUGCAAGGCUGCAACUCAGUCUGCGACUUUGGAUACAUAGAUGGAGGCUAUACAUAAUUCGCAUAUUUUUCUUCUUUCUUUGCUAUUGAUCACUGUCCUUUCUUCAUCCAUAUCCGCAACUUCACCUCUUUCUCACUCAGAUCAGGGUACAGAGCAGCAUGCAACAAGUCCUGAACAAGGCAAAUCACAUGUUCACGAAGUUCAUUGCUCCAGAGAGAGAAGCCGGGCAGCAUGGAAAGUUAUUGAGGAGUACUUAAUGCCCUUUGUAGAAAGAGAGAAGUAUGAACUUCCUAGGCAAUGUAGACUUCAUCCAAGUAAUGAUAUUUUCAGAGAUCAGGAGGAACAUAAAAUUUAUUUUGAUGUGAAUGAAUGGCGCUGUGGAUACUGCAAAAAAAGCUUUCGGGCUGAAAAGUUUCUCGAUCAACAUUUCGACAACAGGCAUUCCAAUCUUCUGGAGGUUGGUCGCAGCAAAUGCCUGGCAGAUGUAUGUGGAGCUUUGCAUUGUGACCUUGUCAUGGAAUUCAAAUCCAAGAAGACCAAGUGUAAUCCUGCGGCGGCAGCACGAAAUCGUCAUUUAUGUGAGAGUCUUGCAGACAAAUGUUUUCCUGCUAAUCAGAGUCCAUCAGCAACUCGUCUUCAUGAACUAUUCUUGCGCCAAUUCUGUGAUGCUCACACUUGCUCGGGGGGUAGAAAACCCUUUUCUAGAGGAGGAAAGAAGCAUACAAAUCGGUUCUACUUGGCAGCUUCAGUAUUGACGUUGAUGCUGCUCCCUCUAUUUUACCUUAUUGUGUAUUUGUACCAAAGAGAAAUCAAAAGGGGAACUCAAGAACUUAAACGCAUAACAAAAAUUGGAAGAAAAGCAAAACCUUCUUAGCUGUGUACAGCAGUGAUACUUUUUUUUGGGCAUCUCUUGGUAACAAGUCAUUUACCCUUGCUGGAUGAUCAGAGUUCUGAUGCAGAAGGCAAUACAUUUCCACCAUCAGCAUGGUAUAAUGCAUCUGGCAUUCAACUCUUGUCAGCCUGGAUCAACCGAUCUCAUUGAGGAAGCAGCUAAAUUCUUACUCUCUGUUGUAUCAAUUCUCACAGAUACAGAGAACAGUUCUCUUGCGAAGCCUAUCACGAUCUGUUUUCUCUUUAUGAAUUGUACAUUGGGAGAACAUGAAAUCUUCGUGUUGUAUGUUUCUCUGGGUAAUCUAAAAAUUUAUUUUUGGGGUG